UGAGCGCCUGCUGUGUGUCGGACACUGAGUGUGCUAAGCAUUGGAGAAACAGGCGAAUGAAGUCGGGACAAGCCCUUCCAUGUGUAUCGACCUCUAAUCCCGGCGGGCGGGUCGUCUAUUCCUAACGUGUGUAUUUCUGGAGACCCCAAGAUGUGAAGGGCUGCAGGGACUAUGCUCUCCCAGAGUCUCUUCGGAGUGCGGAUCCCUUGGCCUAGGCCACGUUCCCACUUCUUCUAAACCCUUUCCCCAACCAUGUAAGGAGAGGCAGCUGCUGGGGGCGUCCCCAGGAUCUAAAGAUAGCGGCCCCUGCCUCGGAUUCCAAACGCCUCGGGGCAGCGGGAGCCGCCAUGGCACGGCAGCAUGCUCGGACCCUGUGGUACGACAGGCCCAAGUAUGUGUUCAUGGAGUUUUGUGUUGAGGACAGCACCGAUGUCCAUGUGCUCAUCGAAGACCACCGCAUUGUGUUCAGCUGCAAGAAUGCCGAUGGAAUGGAGUUUUAUAAUGAGAUUGAGUUCUAUGCCAAGGUGAACUGCAAGGACUCACGAGAUAAGCGCUCUGGCCGCUCCAUUACUUGCUUUGUGAGGAAAUGGAAGGAGAAGGUGGCCUGGCCCCGACUCACUAAGGAGGAUAUCAAGCCAGUGUGGUUGUCUGUGGAUUUUGAUAACUGGAGAGACUGGGAAGGGGAUGAAGAAGUGGAGCUGGCUCAGGUGGACCAUUAUGCAGAGCUUUUGGAGAAGGUCAGGACCAAGAGGCCUCCCCCUGCAAUGGACGACCUGGAUGAUGAUUCUGACAGUGCGGAUGCAACAAGUAAUUAACUUUCUGUGACAGCAGAGCUGGGGAGGAAGCUGUGGCUAUCUUCCAGUCACUCUAACAAGCUAGGUCCUGGGUCUUUCUCAACUCUUUGGCUGUGCGCCAGGGUCCUCUGGGAUCUCCGAACUUUCCUAGAAGCUCUUUAUUAAGGGUCCUCCUUCAUGCUUUAUUUCUAUUUCCUAGGCACUUGACUAAGGCUGCUGUGUCAGAUGACAGGAUAGGAGAGGAGUAGACAGGUGGGGCUUCUGACUUCCUACCAAUUGGCUGCAAUCUUUGUGUUUGGGCCACUCAUCAGGGCUUUGUGGAGUACUUGAGCCUCUGUGUGUGUGUAUGUGUAAGAGCAAAAGCCAUAGAAGCAGCAUAUAGCUUAUAAUAAAUCUGUAGGAACUGUUCUGUGUCUCUUUCCUUUUUGUACUUCUUCCUCCUAGAGGGAAGCCUCUUCCUGUCUAUAGCUCCUCUCCAGUGGAGAGGUGGGUGUCAGAGAUCCUGGCCCUUACUGUCGAGAUUGGAAGAAGAAAGAUAUUGGGAGCAGACUUGUAACCAAGCCGGGGAACUUUCCCAUGCCCAGAUCUUCAGAGCAGAAACCAGCCUUUCACUGUAUAGCUAAUACUGCCACCUCUAGAACCAGCCAGAAACCCACCUUAGCUUCCUGCAUACUCCAGAAAUAUCUUUACUUUUUUUUUUUUUUUUUGGCACUUAAAAAGCAGUUAGGCCAUUUAUUGGCACUAGGAGAGCAUUCCUUUAAAUAUCUUUACACUUUUGUUUUGUUUUGUUUUUCAGUACGUGGGCCUCUCCCGUUGCGGAGCACAGGCUCCAGACGCGCAGGCUCAGCAGCCAUGGCUCACGGGCCCAGCUGCUCCGCGGCAUGUGGGAUCUUCCCGGACCGGGGCACGAACCCGCAUCCCCUGCAUCGGCAGGCGGACUCUCAACCACUGCGCCACCAGGGAAGCCCUAUCUUUACACUUUUAAAGCUAAUUGUUACAUUAGUUAAUGCCUAUGUCUGUUUACUACUCUAUUCAUCAGCUACCCCAUUCAUCCAUAAACAUUUUCUGAGGGCCCAGUGUGUACUUAAACUGUCACUUAAACAAAAUGCAACACUCAGGCUUUGCCCUUGAAUUCAUGGUAAAGUACUGAGAUUUGUUAAAAAAAAUUAAAAUCUAAAGUUUAUUUCAGUAAUAUAGGGACAUAGUUUAAAAAAUUAAAUAGUAUAGAAGGGUCUAAAAUUUAAAGUAGAAUUUGCACUCCCUCAAUAGCUGUAACCACUGUUAACAAUUUCUUCAAUAAAUUUAUAUAUUUAUGUCUAGAUCUUUAUAUCUAUAUUUAUACCUGUUAUAAAUUUCUUAAUACCUGUAAUUAAUAUUAUAUAAUUAUAUAGUUAUAUAUAAAACAUACAACAUAUCUGGAACAUAUACAAUAUCAUGUAUUGUUUAUAUACAGUACAAUAUAUCAGUAUAUUAAAAUUUAACGCAUAUAGGCAAAUGCAAUGCGUCUGUGUGUACACAAUGGGAAUCAUACUAUUAAUAUACAUCUUGUACCCUGCUUUUUUUCACUUAAUAUAUAUUGGAGCUCUUUCUAAAUCAGUAUACAUAGAUCUGACUCUUCUUUAUGGCUACAUGGUAUUCAGUUGAAUAUAUUUUCCAUAAUUUAACUGGUUCCUUAUCAAGGGAUAUUUAAGUUGUUAUUAGUCUUUUUCAGUUUUCAAACAAGGCUGCAAGGAACAGUUUAAAAAGUAGAUCCUUGGGCUUCCCUGGUGGCGCAGUGGUUGAGAGUCCGCCUGCCGAUGCAGGGGACACGGGUUUGUGCCCUGGUCCAGGAAGAUCCCACAUGCCAUGGAGCGGCUGGGCCCGUGAGCCAUGGCCGCUGAGCCUGCGCAUCAGGAGCCUGUGCUCCGCAACGGGAGAGGCCACAACAGUAAGAGGUCCGCGUACCACAAAAAAAAAAAAAAAAAAAGUAGAUCCUUACAUGUUUGGCAAGAAUAUCUGUAGGGUAAAUUUCUUUCUUUUUUUUUCCCCGGCCACACCACGUGGCUUGCAGGAUCUUAGUUCCCCAACCAGGGAUUGAACCUGGGCCCUGGCAGUGGAAGCACCAAGUCCUAACCACUGGACCACCAGGGAAUUCCUAUAGGGUAAAUUUCUAGAAGUAGAAUUGCUAGGUCAAAGAGCAGAUAAACAUUUUGAAAGCUGUUGCCAAGUUGCUUUUAGAUGAAAUCAUACCAAUUUUCACUUCCACCAAGAGUGCUCCAUUCUCCAAAACCUUUUAGAUAUUUGCCAAGAUAAAAUUAUACUUGGUUUAAUUUGCUUCAUUUUUUUUCUUUCUGGCCAUGACGCGGGACUUGAAGGAUCUUAGUUCCCCAACCAGGGAUUGAACCCGGGCCCUCAGCAAUGAGAGUACAGAAUCCUAACCACUGGACCGCCAGGGAAUUCCCUGGUUUAAUUUGCUUUAAAUUAUGAGAUGGCUCAUUGUUUAUUAGUGAUUAAUAUUUCUUUUAAUGUGCUCUGUCCAUGUCUUUUGCCCAUUUUGAUAUUGACAUUAGUUCUUAAACUUAAAAAAUAACAUAAUGCAAAUCUGUAUUUGUAUCGUGUUUUACAAUUUACUAUUUUAAUAUCAUCUCAUUAAAAAUUUUGAACUUCA